UCCUCAAUUCUCUUCUUUGUCAUCGAGAGAGAUCAAAACCCUAUCGUUCUCUCUCGGAUCAAAUUCAAAAGUCCCAAGCUUUAACAGCCGCCGAAUCGGUUUCUGAUUUCUAUUUCCCUUUCCUAAAAUAGAAAUUCAACAAAUCAGCUCAGAGAUCACACUCAGAAAACCUAGAUCCGUACCCCCCGCGAAAAAAACUCGAGAUUCGCAGUUUUUUUUCAGAUGGGUAACGCCGGCGGAGGAGGUAAACUCCCGCCAAAAAAUGACGGUGGGUUUGGUGUCCCAGCGAGGGAUCCAGCAACGCAACUCGACUUAACUGGUGGUUCAGACCAACAUUCACUCUCUAAACCGGCUCCUACCGUCGUCUCUCCUGCGGCCGUCACUUCCUCUGUUCCUUCACCGGUAACAGUAACGACAUCGCGGCUUCAUCCGGUGGCGACGUCACAAUCACAAAUCCUCAACGCGCCAGUCAGGCUUCCAAAGCAGGAAUCUCCAAAAUCUAGACCAAGACCUAUUGUGGAUGGAACUCCUCAAAAGAAGAAGCACUGUAACUGCAAACAUUCUCGCUGCUUGAAACUGUACUGUGAAUGCUUUGCGUCCGGAACAUAUUGUGAUGGUUGUAACUGUGUCAACUGUUUCAACAACGUUGACAAUGAACCUUCAAGACGAGACGCUGUGGAAGCAACUCUGGAGCGGAAUCCCAAUGCCUUCAGGCCUAAAAUCGCUAGCAGUCCACAUGGCGUGAGGGAUAAAAGGGAGGAGAUGGUGUUGUUAGGGAAACAUAACAAAGGAUGCAACUGCAAGAAAUCAGGAUGCCUUAAGAAGUAUUGUGAGUGCUUUCAAGCAAACAUUCUUUGCUCCGAGAACUGCAAAUGCUUAGAUUGCAAAAACUUUGACGGAAGUGAGGAGAGACGAGCUCUUUUUCACGGUGAACUUGCCAACAACAUGGCUUACCUCCAACAAGCAGCAAAUGCGGCCAUUACUGGCGCUGUUGGCUCCUCAGGCUUUGCUCCUUAUCCAGCUCCUAAGAGAAGGAAAGGAGGCCAAGAUAUUUCCUUCAACCAAGCCACCACAGAUACAUCUCCAGCAACUGGUCCAUCAAAGUUUGUAUAUAGGUCUCUCUUAGCAGAUGUAAUUCAACCACAGGAUGUGAAAGCGCUUUGCUCUGUGUUGGUCGCUGUAGCCGGAGAAGCAGCAAAGGCAUUAACAGAUAAAAGAAAUGAUAACCGGGUUGAAGAUCAAACCGAAACUUCUUUAGCCUCUUCUGCACAAGAAAACUCACAAGGUGAUGUCGAGAUGGCUGAACCUGAUGGAAACCAAGCUGAUAAGUCUAGACGAAAGCCUCUAUCUCCAUCAACUUUGGCUUUGAUGUGUGAUGAUGAACAAGACACUAUAUUCAUGGUGGCGGCAUCUGAACCUAAUGGUUCAGUAGAUCCCAGUUGGUGCAGAACAAACUCACAGGGGCAGUCACAGGAUUACGCAGAGCUGGAGAGAGUGGUGUUAACCAAGCUCAGAGAUUGCCUUAGUCGUCUUAUCUCUUAUGCAGAAUUAAAAGAAUCAAAGCGUUCAUAUUUAGCAAGAAGGCAUAUACAGUCACCCCCAAGCGCAACCGAGACUGUGAAAAUGGAGAAUGGGAUACAGCAAGCACCACCAAUUGUGAAUGGAGCCACUACUCAACCUACAGUCAACAAACCGCAGCUGUUGCAGCCGAUGCAGACCACAACAAAUACCUCAAGCACUCAUCAUCCGCAUAAACCUCCAGCUUUACCGGAGAAGAAAGACCCUCUGAAUCAAUAAAGUACGAGCUGAUAGAAACUUAACUAUUCAU